CUGUUUGAUUGCUUCAUGACGACUCUAGUACUUUGAACUUGAGUUCACAUAAGAGAGAGAACAGAUGAAAGAGCUGAGAGGGGAGUCUGAGUCUCUUACUGCCGUUUGUGCACAGAAUAGUGUCUGCAGAGCUUCAAAGACCACACAUACGGAAACAGACCUUCCAUAGGCUACAGUGCUAUGGGCCCAUCCACCCCUCAGAAGCACCUCCAGCUCCUGGUCCUGCUCGUCUCCAUGUCCGCCCUGGUCUGUGAUGGAGGCAAGGUGCUGGUGGUCCCCAUGGAAGGCAGUCACUGGGUCAACAUGGACUUCCUCAUCCGGGCCCUGCACCAGCGAGGCCACACCGCCACCGUGCUGCGCUCCAGCAAGAGCUGGUACGUGAAGGAGCGGGCGCCCCACUACGCCGCCGUCACCGUGCCCGUGAGCCGGGGCCUCGACGAGGACUUUGUGAACCCCGUCAUCAAGAGACUGAUCGAGGCCCAGCGGAGCAACAGCUCCAUGCUCAACUUCAUGGGCCUGCACGCAGAGAUGUUCAACACCAUGGUCAGAGCUCACCAAAUCACGUGCGAAAUGGCCACUAGUAUUUUCGAGGACAAGGCCUUGAUGAAGACUCUGAAUGAGAGCCGGUUUGAUCUGGUUCUGACCGACCCCUGUGUUGGCACCGGUAUAAUGUUGGCUCAUCAUCUCCACCUACCCCUGGUCUACAACGUGAGGUGGAUCACAGGAGGAGAAGGGCAUUUUGCAAUCGCACCCUCGCCACUGUCCUAUAUCCCACUGACCGGACUGGGCUUCUCUGACAAAAUGCCAUUUCUUGACAGGACUAAGAACGUGCUCUUUUACCUGUUGAACGAGUUUCAUCAAUGGCUCAGAAUCACGCCACAGUACCAGGCCGUCUGCGACCGCUACUUUUCCCCGAGGGUCAACUUCUUUGAGCUACUGCAGGCGGCAGAUAUCUGGCUGAUGAGGGUCGAUUUCGUGUUUGAGUUCCCGCGCCCGACGAUGCCCAACGUCGUCUACAUGGGCGGCUUCCAGUGUGUGCCGGCGAAGGCACUCCCCGAGGAACUUGAGCUGUUUGUCGAAAGCUCGGGCGAACACGGCGUCAUCAUCAUGUCCCUCGGCACGUUUGUGAAAGAGUUGCCUGCGGACAUGACCGACGAGAUAGCUGCUGCAUUCGCACAGCUGCCUCAGAAGAUCAUAUGGAGGUUCCCUGGCGACAGACUGCCCUCUGCAUUGGGCAACAACACCCUACUGGUCAAUUGGAUGCCUCAGAAUGAUCUGCUGGGCCACCCAAAAGUAAAACUCUUCGUAGCUCACGGAGGAACGAACGGCAUUCAGGAGGCGAUUUACCACGGGGUGCCGGUAGUAGGGUUGCCUCUCUACUCCGACCAGUUGGACAACCUUGUCCGGCUUCAGGAGCGCGGAGCAGCAAAGAUUCUGUCCAUCGCCACGGUGAACCGAGCCAACUUCUUGCAGGCGUUACAGCAAGUUCUCCAUGAGCAGUCCUACCGCGAUAACAUGCUGAGACUGUCCAAACUGCACCGCGAUCAGCCCAUGAAGCCGCUGGACCGAGCCCUCUUCUGGAUCGAGUUUGUCAUGAGACACAGAGGGGCAGGCCAUUUGAGGACAGAGUCCUACAAGUUACCUUGGUAUUCGUACUACUCUAUUGAUGUGGCGUUGGCUUUGUUGACUGUUAUGUUGUUGCUAUGUUACAUUCUGACUCUUCUUGUGGUUGCGGUGGUUAGAUGUUUGUGUGUAAGACUUUGUUGCCGGGAGAGGAAAAGCAAAAAGGAAUAAGUUAUAUGUUCACAAGUCUAAUAUGUAUUGAACGGUUACAAAGACUGACAAUUUACCAGAGGAAUAACAGGGGACUGAAACACACUGCACAAUCUAACAGGGAGUGAGUUAAUAAUCUUGUUAGUGAAAUGGGUCUCAGCAUUUCUCAUCUUGCUUCGUGUUGUGGUUGAGCACGUCUGCCAAAAUGAGAUUUCAAAAUGAACAUCCCAAAUCAGUCAUGAAACAGAGAGCUUGUUGUAAAUGAAUGUGACCCAUCACAUAUCACCAGGAAUAGAGCUGCAAAAACGAGACGCCUCUAACUUCCUGCUGGAAUUGAAUUUCUCACCUCAAGAAACUCACGUUUUUAGACUAGAAAAGGUAGGUUUUUCGGCGAAAU